UUAGACAAAAUCGGUGGGGAAAGAUGGCGGCUGUCAUUACAGUGCGGGGUCCAUUCGCGUUUAUGAGACGUCUGGUCUCUGCACGCUUGCACAAGCACUGCUGCUCAAAGAUCCAGACAGCUUGCCUCAUAUACCGACCCCACUCAUAUUCCCUUAGUGUUGGGCAACAGCAUCGCUUCUUUCGCACUAGCUAUGUUGCAGCAAGACCAAUUAUGCCAUUUAAGCUUUCAGAUAUUGGGGAGGGCAUUAUGGAGGUGACAGUUAAAGAAUGGUAUGUGAAAGAGGGUGACAGAGUUUCUCAGUUCGACAGCAUCUGUGAAGUUCAGAGUGAUAAAGCAUCUGUUACGAUCACUAGCCGCUAUGACGGAAUAAUUCGGAAGCUCUACUAUGAUGUCGAUUCAAUUGCACUAGUAGGCACACCUCUUGUUGACAUUGAAACAAAUGCAGGCCAGGUUGAGGGACCUCAGGAGGACGUGGUUGAGACACCAGCCAUUUCCCAAGAGGAGCACACACACCAGGAUAUCAAAGGUCACAAAACUCAGGCAACACCUGCAGUGAGACGGUUAGCCAUAGAGAACAAUAUUAAACUAAGUGAAGUCAUUGGCACUGGAAAGGAUGGGCGCAUUCUCAAAGAGGACAUCCUCAACUUCAUAGCUAGGCAGACUGGGGCCAUUUUACCCCCUGCCCCAUUCCAGGAGAUUCGACCUCCACCUCCAACAUCUGCUGCACCUUUAGCUCCAAAACCAAAAGAAAAGGUGCUUCCGCCCAGUAUUCCCACUUCUGUUGUCCCUAAACCUGUUUUUACAGGCAAAGACCGCACUGAGCCUGUAAAAGGUUUUCAGAAAGCAAUGGUUAAGACUAUGUCGGCAGCCCUGAAGAUCCCUCACUUCGGCUACAAAGAUGAAGUAGAUCUGACACAGUUGGUGCGAUUGCGCGCCAAGCUGAAGGGAUUGUCCGAGUCUCGAGGUGUGAAGCUCAGCUACAUGCCAUUUUUCAUCAAGGCAGCGUCACUUGGGCUCCUCCAUUUCCCCAUUCUUAACGCCUCUGUUGAUGAAAACUGCACAAAUAUCACCUAUAAGGCUGCUCAUAACAUCGGAUUGGCAAUGGACACCAGUCAAGGUCUUCUAGUUCCUAAUGUGAAAAAUGUACAGAUGCUCAGCAUCUUUGAAAUUGCAGUGGAACUCAACCGUAUGCAGACUUUGGGUGCAUCGGGUCAAUUAGGGACCGCUGACCUCACGGGGGGAACAUUCACCCUGUCAAACAUAGGAUCGAUUGGUGGAACCUAUGCAAAGCCGGUUAUAUUACCUCCUGAGGUUGCUAUUGGUGCUUUUGGGAAGAUUCAGGUGCUACCUCGGUUCAACCACAAAGGCGAGGUAGUGAAGGCACAUAUCAUGAACUUCAGCUGGUCUGCCGACCAUCGAAUCAUCGACGGAGCCACCAUGUGUCGUUUCUCCAACAUGUGUAAAUCUUACCUGGAGAACCCCGCCUCCAUGGCCCUGGAUCUAAAAUAAAGACCACACUCUCCUCAAACACAUCUAACAACUGGUGAUGUCAUAUCCCGAAACUACAAAUUUAUACUCCGGCAAAGAGCUCAUGCCAUUUGAGCCACUCCUUCAAUUAUAACGGUUGCACAUUUGAAGAACAUUUGUGUAUUUACACCUUUACAAAGCUUAUAUCCAACUGGUGUUUUGUUGUUUGUUUCCUUUGUGUGUUUUGUUAAGGUUUAAAGUUGUCUCCUGUUGUUGCCUUACUGACGUAGGAUGUUACAUCUACCAGAACGUAUUGUGAAUUUCUGAAUGGUAGAGAAUAUGAACGUAUUAAUAUAACUAUAUGAACACAAACCCAUGAACACUGAUUCGUAAUCAAACUUUCUAGUUACUGUAAAAUCAGAAAGUCACUUCAGUGGCGUUGCACAAUGGUUUUUAAAACGUGUCCACAGUAGUCACAAACAGAGGUGAUAUUUGUUAGUGGAUAACAUCUAAACAAAACAAAAAAAUCUGUCAGGGUGAAUCUCACGGAAACAUGUAGACUCAAAAUUAAAUUUUUUUUUGCAUAAAUUAUUUUUAUUACAAAUUAAGUGUAUUUUCACCAUAAAUUUGCAUACCAUCAUGCGUUUGGAUGUUUUAUUUUUGAGUUUUUUUCUUGUCAUUUUCAUUCAACUGUAAUACAGUAAUAUUUUACAGUAUAACAGUAAAUAAAAUAAUGUAAUAUAAUAUUUUUAAUUAAAAUCAGCACAAGUUAAAGUACAACAAAUAUUUCCAUGAUGUAUAAAUACAAUAUAAAUACAUUAUUUUUUUACAUUCAAAAUAAAUAAAUAAUAUUUCUUUUGAUUUUGGUGUGAAAUAUGACCAGGACGUGUUCUUCUUCACAGUUUUCGUGAGAUUCACCUUCCGAUUUAGUUUUUUAAGAAUGCUGCUUUUCUUGUCAAUCUGAUGUCAUUGUUUUUAAAGGACAAUGGAUAUGUGCAAAAUAUAGAUUCAUUUUGACUGUGGGGAUUUUCUACUGCUGCAAUCUCAUCUUCUCUGGUGUGAUGAUUCUCACAUGGACAUAAAAGUGCUGAAACUGUGAAGUUAAAUGAAAAAUGGGAGCUUCUUUUGUGGACUUUUGAGCAGGGCUGUAGCAAGUAAUUCUGGGCCCCCUGACUAUUUAUUGCCCUGGGCCCCUACCUAUUAAAAUAAUACAGUUUUGAAUUUGUCAAGGGACACCCUUGACAUUUGGGCCCCUAAAAUCAUUACCACUUUUCACCCCACUAGCUACGGCCCUGAUUUUGAGCA